AUGGCGGACUCGACACAACCGCCCGAGAGUUGUCAAACGUCUCCAAAACUCAGUAAAAAUGCCAUGAAAAAGGCUUUACGUGCUGAAAAAACUGGUGGAAUCAAGCCAAAGAAAGAGAAAGAUCCAAAUCGUUGGGCACCUAAAAGUGACUCAAAGAAGAAGAUAAAGAAGCAACAAGAGAAUGAGCGACAAUCCCCUGUAGCUGUAGAAGCUUCAUGGCAGGAUUGGUGGGAAGCUUCAGGCUUUUUUUCAUGUUCAGAUGAAAAAAUUCAAACUGCUAAACCUACGGAACGUUUUGUCAUGGUGAUUCCACCUCCAAAUGUCACGGGUUCACUGCAUUUAGGUCAUGCACUUACUGUAGCGAUUCAAGAUGCACUCACACGUUGGCAUCGUAUGUUAGGUCAUGCCACAUUAUGGGUACCUGGUACAGAUCAUGCUGGGAUUGCAACACAAUCGGUAGUUGAAAAACGUUUACUCAAAGAAGAAGGUAAAAGUCGUCAUGAUCUAGGACGAGAUCAAUUUCUUGAACGUGUGUGGGAAUGGAAAAAUCAGUAUGAAAGUCGUAUUCAUCACCAAUUUCGUAGUGUCGGUUGUUCUGUGGAUUGGGACCGCAAGUACUUUUCCAUGGAUGAAAAUUGUACUCGUGCAGUACGUCAUGCUUUUUGUCAGCUAUGGGAGGAAGGACUUGUGUAUCGUGCUACGAGAAUGAUUAAUUGGAGCUGCAAGCUCAAAACAGCGUUGUCUGAAAUUGAAGUGGACUAUAUUGACAUUGAUAAACGCACAAAACUGACGGUGCCUGGACAUAACCCAGACUACAAGUAUGAGUUUGGCGUACUUACGUCCUUUGGCUACCCAGUGGAGGGGGCGGUUGAUGAGCAAAUUAUUGUUGCCACAACGCGACUUGAGACGAUGCUCGGUGACUCGGGCGUGGCGGUGCAUCCUGACGACCCACGCUACAAGCAUCUACAUGGAAAAUACGUGAUUCACCCGUUCAACGGCCGACGCAUUCCCAUUGUGCUGGACCCUAUCUUGGUUGACAUGGCAUUUGGUACAGGUGCCGUUAAAAUCACACCUGCCCAUGACCCCAACGAUUACGAAUGCGGCAAGCGUCACAACCUCGAGUUUAUCAACGUACUUACGGACGAUGGCGCGAUUAACGAACACGGCGGUGACUUUACAGGUAUCAUGCGCUAUGACGCGCGUAUUGCUGUGGAAAAGGCCCUUGAAGCGAAGGGACUUUACCACGGCAAGGUGGACAACAAGAUGCGUCUGGGCAUUUGCUCGCGUUCAGGAGACGUGAUUGAGCCGCUCGUCAAGCCGCAGUGGUUUAUCAAUUGCAACCAGAUGGCUAAGGAUGCCAUGGCUGUUGUUACAAACAAGGAGCUGACAAUUCUGCCUGAAACGCAUAAAAAGACGUGGUUUCGCUGGCUUGAGAACAUCCGUGACUGGUGCAUCUCGCGACAGCUGUGGUGGGGCCACCGCAUCCCGGCCUACUUCGCUCGCAUCAAGGGUGAAUCCUUUGUUGACAAGAAUUUUGAUGAUGCUAACAAACGCUGGUUUGCUGGAAUCUCCGAGGAGGAUGCGCGAAAGAAGGCGGCGGCCAAGCUCGGUGUUGCUGAGGACGAGAUCGAGCUGGAGCAGGACGAGGAUGUCCUUGAUACAUGGGUCAGUGCUGGUUUGUUUCCAUUCGCGGUGUUUGGCUGGCCUAACAACACGGAUGACUUUGACAAUUUCUAUCCGACGGACCUGCUGGAAACAGGUUAUGAUAUCCUGUUUUUCUGGGUGGCACGUAUGGUGUUUAUGGGCCAGAAGCUCACGGGAAAGCUGCCGUUCAAGACAAUCUAUCUGCACUCGAUGGUGCGCGACAAGUACGGUCGCAAGAUGUCAAAGAGUCUGGGCAAUGUCGUAGAUCCGUUAGAAAUCAUCGCCGGUUGCACCCUAGACGACUUGUUCAAGAAACUGGAGAAUGGCAAUCUGCCAGCGAAAGAGGUGGAGAAAGCCAAGAAGGGCCAAAAACUGGACUUUCCGCAAGGUAUACCGGAGUGCGGUGCCGACGCGCUUCGUUUUGGUCUGUUGGCAUACACGCAACAGGGCCGCGACAUUAAUCUAGACAUCGGCCGUCUGGUUGGCUACCGUAACUUCUGUAACAAGCUGUGGAACGCCGUUCGUUUUGCCAUGUCCAACCUUGAGGGCGGAUUUUCGGCUGAAGAGAACGUUGCUGACACGGUGCUGUCCAAUGCUGUUGUGGGGUCUCGCGACCGCUACAUUUUGAGCCGCUUGAACCACGCCAUUAAAUUGUGCAAUGAUUCGUUUGCUGCGUACGAGUUUGGCGAACUUACAAACGCCUUGUACAACUUCUGGCUGUACGACCUUUGCGACGUGUACCUUGAGCUGACGAAGCCAGUUUUCGUUGGCGACAAUGCCGAGGCUAAGCUGACGGCGCAGCAGACACUGUACGUGUGUCUGGAGUUCGGUCUGCGUCUGCUGCACCCGAGCAUGCCGUUCGUUACGGAGGAGUUAUGGCAGCGUCUACCAGGCAAGCGCUUGACCGCAAGCAUUACGAUCGCGCCAUACCCGCUUCCAAUGGAGGGUUGGACGGACCAGAAGGUUGAGGCAAAUAUGGAGCUCGUCAAAGAGGUUAUCCACGCUGCCCGCUCCGUUCGUGCUGAAUACGACCUGGCAACAAGCGUACGUCCGCAGUUCUUCAUCAAAUGCAUUAACAACGACGUGAAGGCGGUGAUGGAGGCGCAGCUGGACGACUUUGCUACGCUGGCUAAGGCAGGUGACUCCAAAUGCAACGUGGACGAGGAAGCGCCGGAGGGUUGCGCUAUGCACAGUGUCAACGCCAAGGUUCAAAUAUUCGUACUGCUGACUGGUUUGGUGAACUUCGCUAACGAGAUCAGCAAACUGGAGAAGAAGUUGACAAAGAUUGUGCCGUCGCUUGCUGGUCUGGCAAAGAAAAUGAGCCGUGAGGACUACGAAACGAAGGUGCCGGAGAGCGUGCGUGAGGCUGAUGCUGCGAAAAAGGUAGCUCUGGAGACGGAGGAAGCUGGCAUACAUCGCGCUAUUGCCGAGUUCAAGCGUCUUCUGUAG